AGGACUGAGAUGUCUUCCAUCCCUACUUCACAUUCUCCCUCACAAGUGACUGUGGCAUCACAAGUCCCUUUUGCAGACCUCUGCUCAAUUCUAGAACAAAUACAGAAAUGUAAAUCCCGGCCGGAGAAAACAAAGUACUUCAAAGAUUUUUUAGAUUCCUGGAGGAAAUUUCACGAUGCCCUGCAUAAAGAUGAAAAGGACGUGACAGACUCUUUUUAUCCUGCUAUGAGACUUAUUCUUCCACAACUGGAAAGAGAGAGAAUGGCUUAUGGAAUUAAAGAAAUUAUGCUGGCUAAGCUCUACAUUGAACUGCUAAACUUACCCAAAGAGGGAAAAGAUUCUUUAAAACUUUUAAAUUAUCGAACACCUGCUGGCUCACGGGGAGAUGCUGGAGAUUUUGCUACAAUAGCCUAUUUUGUGCUGAAGCCAAGAUGCAUCAAGCAAGGUCAGUUGACCAUACAGCAAGUAAACGUUCUUCUAGAUUCAGUUUCUACCAAUAACGCUGCUAAAAGGAAGGAUCUGGUCAAGAAGUCUCUUCUGCAGUUAAUAACUCAGAGCUCAGCACUAGAACAGAAGUGGCUGAUCAGAAUGAUCAUAAAGGACUUGAAACUGGGCGUCAGCCAACAAACUUUAUUUUCCAUCUUCCAUCCUGAUGCUUCAGAGUUGUACAGCGUCACGACCGAUCUAGAGAAGGUUUGCCGGCAAUUGCAUGAUCCCUCUGCAUCCCUUAGCGACGUUUCCAUUUCGCUGUUUUCCGCCUUUAAGCCAAUGCUUGCUGCAAUUGCCAAUAUACCGCAAAUUGAAAAACAAAUGAACCAUCAGAGUUUCUACAUCGAAACCAAGCUGGAUGGUGAGCGAAUACAGAUGCACAAAGAUGGGGAUGUGUACAAGUAUUUCUCGCGAAAUGGAUAUGAUUAUACUCAGCAGUUUGGGGCGUCUCCCCUCGAAGGUUCGUUGACGCCGUUCAUUCAUAACGUUUUCCGAAAGAAUGUUCAGAACUGCAUUCUGGAUGGCGAAAUGAUGGCCUACGACCCCACCACACAAACCUUCAUGCAGAAGGGAAGCAAAUUUGACAUCAAAAGGAUGGUGGAUGAUUCUGAAUUGCAGACGUGUUUCUGUGUGUUUGACGUUCUAAUGGUGAACAGCCAGAAGUUGGGUCAUGAGAUGUUGAGCAAAAGGUACGAGAUACUGAAUAAACUUUUUACCCCAAUAACAGGUCGAAUACAGGUCAUUCUUAAGCGUCAAGCUAGCACCCGGAAAGAAGUUAUAGAUGCUCUAAAUGAAGCUAUAGAUAACAGGGAAGAAGGAAUUGUGGUCAAAGACCCCACAUCGGUUUACAAGCCAGAUAAGCGUGGAGAAGGAUGGCUGAAGAUCAAACCAGAGUAUGUCAGUGGGCUGAUAGAUGAGCUAGACCUUUUAAUUGUUGGGGGCUACUGGGGAAAAGGCCUUCGAGGUGGCAUGAUGUCCCAUUUUUUGUGUGCGGUUGCUGAGGUGCCUCCACCCGGUGAAAAACCAUCUGUGUUCCAUUCCAUUUGCCGCGUUGGUUCUGGCUACACCAUGAAAGAGCUGUAUGAUCUUGGCUUGAAGUUAGCCAACCACUGGAAACCGUAUCGUAAAAAGGAUCCUCCUUGUAAUAUCUUGUGUGGGACAGAGAAACCGGAGGUAUAUAUUGAACCUUGUAAUUCAGUCAUUGUUCAAGUGAAAGCGGCAGAGAUUGUUAGUAGCGAUAUGUACAAAACCGAUUGUACGUUGCGUUUCCCCCGGAUUGAAAAGAUCAGAGAGGAUAAAGAAUGGUAUGAAUGUAUGACUCUUGACCUUUUAGAACAGUUCAGAGGUAAAGCUUCAGGAAAACUAGCAUCGAAGCACCUUGAUAUUGGCCACAAUGCGCCGCAAGAGAAAAAACGUAAAACUAUGCCCAAGGUUAAGAAAAUAAUUGGAGUAAUGGAUAGUUUUAAAGCCCCUGAUCUUUCUAACGUCAGCAGACUUUCCAGCAUAUUUGAAGAUGUUGAGUUUUGUGUUAUGACUGGGACUGAAAACUGUUCAAAAAAUGAGCUAGAAAGCAAAAUAGCCGAAUUUGGUGGAAGUGUAGUACAAAACCCAGGUCCCGACACGUACUGUGUUGUUGUAGGGACUGAGAACAUCCGGGUUAAAAAUAUUAUUUCUUCCAACAAGUAUGAUGUUGUGAAGGCCGAGUGGCUUUUGCAGUGCUUUGAAAGGCAGGCGUUUGUACCGUGGCAGCCCGUGUUCAUGAUUCACAUGUCCUCGGAAACUAAACAACACUUUGCCUGCAAGUACGACCGCUACGGUGAUAGUUACACCGCCGAUACUGACGUGGCCCAGUUAAAGGAGUUGUUCUCAAGGAUGGGUAAUUUGAGGGAGGAGCUCUCUCGGGAUGCGAUUGCUGACAUAGAAGAGCGCUAUUCCUGGAAUGGCUCUCCGCUCAGUAUGUUCAGGCAGUACACCAUUUACCUUGGCAUCCCCAACGAAGCAGGCGAUCCAAGAGACAAAAUUAAUCGGAUGAGUCUGUUAACUGGAGCGUUGAUGCUUCGCUUUCACGGAGCGAGAGUCGCCUCGCAGCUGGAGGAAGGGGUGUCCCACGUAAUUGUGGGGGAGGAUCGUGGCCGGGUAAAGGAGAUAAAGGCAGUCAGACGAACGUUUGAAAGGAAGUUUAAAAUCCUGUCCGAACAGUGGGUAAAGGAUUCCAUAAAAGCUGGGAAGUUACAAAAUGAAGAUGAUUACAUAAUUUAA